AAACGAACACUGUAGACCUACUGUCCAGAAGCUCUAAAAACACAGCAAACCCGGAAUUAUUAAUUAAUCCAGUCACUGCUGAAUCUUCAAAUUUUCUUCAUCUUUGAUUUGCACCCUCUUAAUAAAAGAUGCAGCCCAAUUUAAGCCAUAGAGGCCUCCACAUAACCAAUUAAAAGUCAAAAUACUCAAUAUUCAAACUGGGCUGUCAACAAAAUUAAAGCCCAGGAACAUUGUCAACAAAUAUCCAUAUUUUCAACUUUACAGCGAAUUUAAUCAAAUCAUGUCACAUUCACAAUCUGGUGUGCUCAAGAAAACGGCGGCGCCCCCCCGAAAAAAAUCGGGCCCCAAAUUCGAGCUCAGUGAAGAUCAGAAGAACGAUAUCAAAGAGGCGUUUGAUCUGUUCGAUACAACAGGCAGUGGUAAAAUUGAUUCAAAAGACCUGAAGGUUGCCAUUCGGGCGCUUGGUUUUGAGCCCAAAAAGGAGGAAAUUAAAAAGAUGAUUGCCGACAUUGAUAAAGGGGGUACCGGCAAAAUAUCAUACGAGGACUUUUUGGAGCUGAUGUCAAUUAAAAUGGCUGAAAAAGACUCGCGGGAGGAAAUCCUCAAAGCGUUUAGCCUGGGCUGUUGUAGAUUAUUCGAUGACGACGAAACUGGCAAAAUCAGUUUCAAGAAUCUGAAAAGAGUGGCCAGUGAACUAGGGGAAAACUUGACCGAUGAAGAGCUUCAAGAAAUGAUUGAUGAAGCGGACAGGGAUGGAGAUGGCGAAAUCAGUCAGGAUGAGUUUCUAAGGAUUAUGAAGAAGACUAGUUUGUAUUGAAUUAUGCCUUAGGGCAUAGGUAUUAUUUUCUAUGGUUUUUUACCUGUUUUCGUGUGUGAUCUCUACGUUAGUUUAAGCCGUAGGAACUCAGUUUGCAUUCGGUUUGCCACGAUAUAUUCACCGAUUUUUGAUACACUUAAUAUAUUUUUUACAAAAAUAACUUUGUCGCCCCGUACAAUCACUAUAAAAGCCCCUUUGUAAUAUUUUAAACUUAACUAAAGUUGAAGUAUCUGGCUGUCUACAAAUAUGUGUUCAAUAUAUCACAAUGGUUUUGUC